AUGGCAGCAGAGUUAGAAGAACUGUGGAAAAAGUUGUCUUUCACAGAGGAGGAGGAUGAAAGCAUUGUGUUGGGAAGGAAUACUACAGAGGCUGCGAUAGCAAUAGGAAAAAAUUGUCUGUUGAUGAAGGUGCUUUCUUACAGGAGCAUAAACAUUGAUGCUCUUAGGAAGAACCUUAGAAUGGUGUGGAAACCGAAUAAGAGCAUCCAGAUAAAUGAAGUCAAAAAUGAACUCUUUCUAGUAGAGUUUGGAGAUGGAAGGGAUAAGAAGAGAGUCAUGGAGAUGUGUCCAUGGACAUAUGAGAAGUCCUUGAUUCUGUUGAGAGAGUUUGAGGGCGAACGGAUACCAAAGGAAAUCUCACUUUGGCAGUCCCCUUUUUGGGUGCAAAUACACGAUCUCCCUUUAAAGAGCAGAACCAGAGAAACGGGCAGAGCUAUAGGAGCAAAGCUGGGAAAGGUUUUGGAAGUUGACGUAGAGGAAUCUGGUGUUCACUGGAGGAAAUUUUUGAGAGUGAGGGUGAAGAUUGAUGUUACAAAGAAACUUGUGAGGGGAAAAAAGAUUGUAAUAGAGGGGGGAGAGCAGAGGUGGAUAGCCUUCAAAUAUGAGAGGCUUCCAAAUUUUUGCUAUAGAUGUGGGUUGCUCAGCCAUGGUUUAAAGGAUUGUAAGGAAGGGAAUGAUAAUGAGGACUAG